UGCACCUCGGCGUUGGCUCGGGAGGGGUCGGAUUGGUGGGUUGGGGGCCCGAGGCCGCCAGAUCCGGGACUCGGGCGCCUCUGACUGAGCUCCAAAGGGUUACAGCCCUUCGCCCCCUCCUCCCGCCUCCUCCCUUCUCCGCCCCCAGGCUCUUCCUGUCCCGCAGUUGCAACACCCCAUCUGCCACUCUCCUUGCCCUCCCACCUCCUCGCUCCUCUCGGCUUUAAUUUUCUCCCGGUUCUCAGGACUCGGGCUCCAGCUCUGGCCUUUGGGGUUGGAGGUCCCGGCCCGCGACCGAGCCGUGAUCUUCACCCCGGGCUCCACCUCAGCUCCCCUGCCCACGGCCCCGGGCUCCUCUCGGGACCUGCCGGGCCCGCGCAUCCCGGACUCCGCCGCCGCCGUCGCCACUGCCUGAGCCCUGAUGGGGGAGUGAGAGGCCACAGCUGGCCGGACAUGGGCCUCCCCACCGUGCCUGGUCUGCUGCUGCCACUGGUGCUCCUGGCUCUGUUGGUGGAAAUAUACCCCUUAAGGGUUACGGCACUGGUCCCUCACCUCAGGGACCGGGAGAAGAGAGCUAUUCUGUGUCCCCAAGGAAAAUAUAUUCACCCUCAAGAUAAUUCCAUUUGCUGUACAAAGUGCCACAAAGGGACCUACCUGUACAAUGACUGUCCCAGCCCAGGGCUGGACACGGACUGCAGGGAAUGUGAAAAUGGCACCUUCACAGCUUCCGAGAACCACCUCAGACAGUGCCUCAGCUGCUCCAAAUGUCGAAAAGAAAUGAACCAAGUGGAGAUUUCUCCUUGCACCGUGUUCCGGGACACUGUGUGCGGCUGCCGGAAGAACCAGUACAGGCAUUACUGGAGUGAAACCCUUUUCCAGUGCGUGAACUGCAGCCUCUGCCCCAAUGGCACGGUGCAGAUCUCCUGCAAGGAGAGACAGAACACCGUGUGCACCUGCCAUGCGGGCUUCUUUCUAAGAGAGAAUGCAUGCGUCUCUUGUGUUCACUGUAAGAAAAACACGGAGUGCGCGAAGUGGUGUCUACCCCCCGUGGAAACGGUUAAGGUCCCUCAGGACCCAGGUUCCGCAGUGCUGUUGCCCCUGGUGAUCUUCUUUGGCAUUUGCGUUUUAUCCUUCAUCGCUGUAAUGUGCCGCUACCAAUGGCAGAAGCCCAGGUUCUUCUCCAUUGUUUGUGGGAAAUCGACACCUACAAAGGAGGGGGAGCCUGAGACCCUGGCCUCGGUUGCAGGUUUCAGUCCCACCCCGAGCUUCAGGCCCACCACGGGCUUCAGUCCCAUCCCCAACCCCACCUUCAGCCCCAGGUCCGUCUUCACCCCUAGUGACUGGUCUAAGUUCAGGGCUGCAUCAGUCUUUGGAGAGAUGGCCUCACCCUACCAGGAGGCCGGCCCCAUCCUCACCGCGGCUCCAGCGUCCACGCCCAUCCCCACCCCUGCUCAGAAGUGGGAGGACAGCACCCACACUCAGCGCCCAGAAGGUGAGUUCCUAGACGGAGCAGGUGGGCGGGGCUCCUAA